UGGUCAGGCCAGCGUUGAAUGGUUCUAGUCACAGGUACAUCCGUUGUUGGGACAGCUUUAUGUAGGCCCUAACAGUUUGUGUGCACAGUUUGACACCGUUACAGUGCAAUUAAUGUAUUGUUUAGUGUUGUGUAGUGUAUUUGCUGGCAUGCAUCCCACUUUUCUUUUGCUAAAAUUGCCACUGGGUAUAUGAAAUGGGUAAAUACUUUAAUCCAUUCUUCGUUUCAUUAAUUUAUCCAUGGGUAAAGAGUAAUUUAAGCUUUUUUAAAUGAUUUAUAAAAACUGUUUUAAAAUCAGAAAAUGUAUUUCAUUGUUUAUUUGCAUACAAUAGGCACAUUUUUUUUAAAUACACCUUGACACCGAAAUUAAAUGUCUUCCUGCUAAUAUUUAGAUUUUUGGAAGGAGAGUAUUUGCCUAUAAAUAGUGAUUUCAUCCUCAUAUCUCUAUUACCAUCAUGAAUCACAAACUGAGGAAACUCUUGGCUAUUGUGGCGACCUAUCGACCAUUGAACCUGCAGCGACGGCGCUCCAUGUGGAUUCACCUCAUUCUGAUGACUAGCAGCCGGUAUGGAGAGUACCAUCAUCUGGUGCAGGAGCUGCGGUUCGACGAUGUGAUGUUCCAGGGCUAUUUCAGGCUUGAUAAAGCCCAGUUUUAUGACCUGCUGUCCAGGAUGGGACCUCGCAUUGCAAGGGAAGACACAACAUUUCGGCAAGCUGAACAUCUCGCCAUUUGUUUAAGAUACCUUGCAACUGGAGAUUCCUUCAAAACAACUGCCUACUGUUACCAUGUAGGGCGUGUGACCAGGGACAUUUGGGACUGUCUCGUGGGAGAAUUCAUGCCUGUCCCAACCAUGGACGACUGGAGGGCAAUCGCUGCUGGCUUUGAAGAACGGUGGAACUUUCCUCAUUGUCUGGAAUCAGUGGAUGGCAAGCAUGUGGACCUGCAAGCCACAGCAAACUCCGGCUCCCUGUUCUACAUCUACAAGGGGAUGUUCUCCAUUGUUCUUGGCGGUUGUGGAUGCCAAUUAUCUCUUUCGGUUAGUGGAUGUCGGCAGCUACGGGAGGACGAGCGACGGAGGCACUCUGGCUUUGGUCAGGUCCUCAGACAUGGCACCCUGGAUCUUCCUGAAGACCGCCUGAUUCCUGGAGCAGAGCACCAGGGACCCCAGUGUAAUGUACUGUUUUUUAAAAUUCUGGUUCUAUAUAUUUGAAUUACAAAUCAGCCUUUAACUAGUUAAAUAGUGUUUUAG